AUUUUAAAGAUAAGUUUACAUUUUACAAAGGAGUAAUUUUAAUUUGUUUAUAACGUUGUUUACAUGUUUUGUGUUUUCAUAAAUCGAUCAUAGACUUGAUAUUGAGGUAGAGCGUUUUAGAGUGAGCACACAAAAUACGUAAUAAAGUUUGUUUUCUAACACAAGAAGUAGUUGGUACAUUAUAACGGAUUAACUGUAAUCUAAAUUAAAAUAAAAUUAUAAUUUUAAACUAGCAUGUGUUACACAUAAGUUCGAAGUGUCAGAUCCUUACAUGAUCUUGUUUUCAUCAGCUGAUUUUGACAAUUCUGUUCACCAUAGAUUAAACAAGUAGACGAAACGUAACCUUUAAUGGCAGUCAGGUUAUGAAAAACCUGAAACAACGAUUCGUGAAUAAACAUGGAUCGUUUUGAAUUUGGGGAAGCGCAGUUAAUAUCUGGCGAAACACCUGUUAUUCGUGAGAAAGGAGUUAAACUUUACGAUGGUGAUGAUAAGACGCCCUUUGAGAACGGGGAGGUGAUGCUCACGAGCCACCGGCUGCUGUGGGGCCAUGCGGGCGAUCUGUCGGGCGGCCGCACCUGCCUGUCGCUGCCUCUGCGCUACGUCGUAUUCGCGGAGGAGGAGAGCAGCGGCUUCGGCUUCAGCCGCAGCCGCAAGGUGAUGCUGCACUUGUCCGCGCCCCUGCAAGGCAAGCUUCCCGGUCCCGUCAGCAGGAGCAGAAACAACUUCAUCAAGCUGUCUUUCAAAGAAGGCUUGGAAAAUGAUUUCAUGCACGUGUUGAGUGACACGCUGCAGAAGAGAAAGUGGGAAGUGCUGCCAACUGUGUCAGCCCAACAGCACAGGACCAUCAAGCUGCGCACUGGCAUCGUGGGGAUCGAGCGCAGCAUCCAGGAGCGACAGCGGGCCACGGACGAGAGCAUCACCGCAGCGUUCCAGGACCUCAGCAAGCUCAUGACCAUGGCCAAGGACAUGGUGAAUCUCUCCCGCAACAUCUCCCACAAGAUCAAGGAGAAGCAAGGAGACAUCACGGAGGAUGAGACGGUGAGGUUCAAGUCCUACCUGCUGAGUCUGGGCAUUGAGGACCCGGUGACGAGGGACUCCUUCCACAGCGACAGCCGGUACCACCAGGAGCUGGCGGGGGAGCUGGCCCGUGUCCUGGAGGAGCCAAUCAAGGAGGCGGGGGGCAUGAUGGCGCUGACGGACGCGUACUGCCGAGCGAACCGGGCCCGCGGCAUGGAGCUGGUGUCCCCUGAGGACCUUCUGGGCGCCUGCAAGGUGCUGGACCGCUCCCGGCUGCCGCUCAGGUUCCACGAGUUCGAGAGCGGCGUCAUGGUGCUGCAGCUCCAGAGCCACAGCAUCGAGAACAUAGUGCAGAGCACCAAGGAUAUCAUUGAAGAGAAGGAAUCAAUAACUGCAGAGGAGUUGGCUCAGUUUUUGGGCAUUUCAGUUCUUCUGGCGAAGGAGCGGCUGAAAACGACUGAGAACCACGGAAAAGCUUGCAGAGAUGAGACCUUGGAGGGUCUCAGGUUCUACCCAAACUUGUUUCUGCAGAAUGAUUGAGGACUGGAGGAUUUGCGUUGAAGUUCAGUGGAAGCGGCCAGUUAUCGCACUGUUGCUGGACAGAGUUUGAAAGUGCCUACCAUUGCUGCUAAACCUUCUGCUUCAACCGGCCAGCAAGUGUGAGGGCCAGUCUAUUGUUUCACAUAUGACAUUCACAUAUACAUUUUGCGCUUCAUCGUAUUCAUUAUUUGCCUUGCUACUUUCAGCAAAUCAUUCUUUGCUAUAGGUAGAGACUGGAAAAAUUUGCGAUUUCGAUGACCUCUAGGAUAGACUCCACAAUCCCCUACACACUCAGCCACCUGCUCAUUGGCUACUGACUCGUGACACCUGUCAACUGGGACGCUUGCAAUUCGAUACUUUUUUGGUUGAAGAUUUUCCAUUGGCUCAAAGUCCUUCAGAUAAACUGUAAGCUAAUCAGAGAAGAAAUAUAAAGGUACAUUUGUUUGGAUUCUAUCAUAUCGUGAAAAUAAUCCGCAAAUUUUUCCGGUCUCUAGCUAUAGGCUAUCAUUUUAGAUAAGUAACCUAUUCCCCCCCACCCUUUCCCCCCCUAUCCCAUCAAACUAAUGGAUUAUAAAGCAGGUUUGUAAUGUUAUGAAUAUUCAAUAUUACAAGAUUUAUUACGUCAUGUUGAAUAAUAUUUUUUGCACAUAAGUUUGCACAUUGUUUAGUAUUCUAGUACAUAAUUUUUUUGUGAUGGUAUUGUUUAGUAUGCACACAUGGAGAUCAAGUUAAAUUGUAUUAAACUGAUUUAAAUUAUA